AUCUCAUGCACACAAUUUGCCGUAUGUACGGAGGCCUCUUGUGUUCUUCCGCCACAAACCUUACCACAGUAGUUACCAGUUUACGGAGGUAUUGCAUCAUCUAUCGCUGGAUCGCUGCUGCCCUCUUGCUGCCGCCUUUAUUAGGGCCACCCUGCGCGGUGAUCUUGACCGCGCAUCUUCUGUUUCACCUUGAUGCAUUGAUCAAUCGAGCAAUAUCACGGUGUUUCCAAUGGCAGACCCUGCCCUUCCAAAUGACGAGCGCGAGACGUCAUCGACGACGACGCUCCGAGCCGACGAUGCGCCGGCGACAGCACCGAUCCCCAGCGCCAGUGGAGCCAAGCGCGGCUUCCAGCUAAACCUCCACGAUGCGCUGAGCCCGGAUCAGACAAACGAAGACAUGUACGAUGUCACGGACAACAAAUUCGCCUUCUCGCCCGGCCAGCUGGCCAAGCUGCUCAACCCCAAGAGUCUCGAUGCCUUUUAUGCGCUCGGCGGCCUGGCGGGGCUCGAGAGGGGCCUGCGCACCGAUCGAAAAGCUGGCCUGAGUACCGACGAGACCACCCUCGAGGGCACCGUGGCUUUUGAGGACGUCGCGCCCAAGGGCACGCCCAAAUACGGCAGCCGAGGCGAUGUGGUGCCUACCGCAAAGGCUGCCGAACAGCCAGCUCUCCAACAUCCCGGCGGCCAGUUCGCCGACCGCAAGCGCAUUUUCCGAGACAACAGGUUACCGGAGAAGAAGGCAAAAUCGCUGCUGGAACUGGCCUGGAUCACCUACAAUGAUAAAGUCCUGAUCUUGCUGACCGUUGCAGCCGUGGUGUCGCUGGCGCUGGGUCUGUACCAGACCUUGGGUGUUGAGCACGAGCCCGGCGCGGCCAAGGUCGAAUGGGUCGAGGGCGUCGCCAUCAUGGUCGCCAUCUUCAUCGUCGUGGCCGUCGGCACGCUCAACGACUGGCAGAUGCAGAGGCAAUUCAAUUCGCUUAAUAAGAGGGCCGGAGACCGCACAGUCAAGGUUAUCCGCUCUGGCAAGUCGGUCGAGGUCUCGGUUUUCGAUAUUAUGGUCGGCGACGUCAUGCACUUGUUUGCCGGUGAUCUGGUUCCGGUUGAUGGUAUCUUCAUCAACGGUCAUGGUGUCAAAUGCGACGAGUCCUCUGCGACGGGUGAGUCGGACCUGCUCAAGAAGGUCCCGGCCGACGAAGUGUUUGCGGUGCUUGACAGCGUCGCCAAGGGAGGUACACCGCCCGGUGACAUUGAGAAGCUCGACCCCUUCAUCAUCUCAGGCAGCAAGGUCAACGAGGGUACCGGCACUUUUCUGGUCACGGCCGUGGGCGUCAAUUCCAGCUAUGGCCGCAUCAUGAUGUCGAUGCAUACCGACCAGGAAGACACGCCUCUGCAAAAGAAGCUCAACGUUUUGGCCGACGGGAUCGCCAAGUUUGGCGGCGGCUCUGCCCUGCUGCUGUUCGUCAUUUUGCUCAUUAAGUUCCUGGCUCAGUUGCCCAACAACCACGACAGCCCGGAUAAGAAGGGCCAGGACUUUCUGCGCAUCUUCAUUACCUCGGUUACCGUGGUUGUGGUUGCGGUGCCUGAGGGUCUACCCCUGGCGGUUACGCUGGCACUUGCGUUUGCGACUACGCGCAUGAUGAAGGACAAUAAUCUGGUGCGAGUCUUGAAGGCGUGCGAGACAAUGGGGAAUGCCACCACGGUCUGCUCCGACAAGACUGGCACGUUGACCCAGAAUAAGAUGACGGUUGUGGCUACGACGCUCGGCAAGAGUCUCAGCUUUGGUGGGACCGAUCCCCCGCUUGAGGAGGACCCGGAAAAGGCUGCCAACCCGGUCGAGAUUGACAUUCCGAACGUGCCCGUUGGCGAGUUCGUGAAAGGUCUCAGCAACACAACCAAGCAGCUCCUAAUACAGUCUAACGCCGUGAAUUCGACCGCUUUCGAGGGCGACGUCGAGGGCGAGAAGACUUUUAUCGGCUCCAAGACUGAGGUUGCUCUGCUUACUCUCUGCCGUGACCACCUUGGAGCUGGCCCGGUCCAGGAGGAGCGUGCCAACGCCAACGUCGUCCAGGUUAUACCCUUCGACUCGGCGGUCAAGUACAUGGCGACUGUUGUCAAGCUUCCCAACGGGAAGUUCCGGGCUUACGCCAAGGGCGCCUCUGAAAUCCUCCUGUCCAAGUGCACCACGGUCAUUGCCGACCCUGCGGCCGAGGAGCUUGUGACGACUGAGAUUACCGAGGAAGACCGGGCCGUCUUCUCGCAGACCAUCACGUCCUACGCCGGCCAAACGCUCCGCACGAUCGGUUCAUCCUACCGCGACUUCGAUGUGUGGCCGCCUCCGGAACUCGCCGGCCAUGACGAGGUGACGGCCGCUGUAUUCGACAAGGUCCACAGUGACAUGACGCUCGUGGCCAUCUACGGCAUCAAGGACCCGCUCCGGCCGUCCGUCAUCGACGCCAUCAAGGACUGCCGACGUGCCGGUGUGACCGUGCGCAUGGUUACCGGCGACAACAUUCUGACUGGUCGCGCCAUCGCCAGGGAAUGCGGCAUCUACAAGCCUGAGGAGGGCGGCAUUGCAAUGGAGGGCCCCGUGUUCCGCCGCAAGAGCGAGGAGGAGUUGAAGGAGCUGGUGCCCAAGCUCCAAGUGCUCGCUCGCUCGAGUCCCGAGGAUAAGCGGAUUCUGGUGCGGACCCUGAAGGAGCUGGGUGAGACCGUUGCUGUUACCGGUGACGGCACCAAUGAUGCGCCGGCUCUGAAGAUGGCGGAUAUCGGAUUUGCCAUGGGUAUCGCUGGUACUGAGGUUGCCAAGGAGGCUGCGUCGAUCAUUCUCAUGGACGACAACUUUGCGUCGAUCGUGAAGGGUAUCAGCUGGGGUCGUGCGGUCAAUGACUCUGUCAAGAAGUUUUUGCAGUUCCAACUCACCGUCAACGUUACUGCCGUCGCCCUCACAUUUAUUAGCUCCGUCGCCAGCGACGAAGAAGAGUCUGUGCUCAACGCCGUUCAGCUUCUCUGGGUCAACCUGAUUAUGGACACCUUCGCGGCGCUUGCCCUGGCCACCGACCCGCCCGGACCAUCCAUCCUGGACCGACUGCCCGACAAGAAGUCGGCCAGCCUCAUCACGGUUCGCAUGGGCAAAAUGAUCAUCGGCCAGGCCAUUGUACAGCUCGUCAUAACACUAGUUCUUAACUUUGCAGGCGCGAGCCUGCUCGGCUGGUACGACCUGUCGAGCGAGCAUGACGCGACGCGCCUCAAGACGCUCAUCUUCAACACCUUUGUCUGGCUGCAAAUCUUCAACGAAAUCAACAACCGCCGUCUGGACAACAAGCUCAAUUUCCUCGAGGGCAUCACGCGCAACUACUUCUUCAUCGGCAUCAACCUGAUUAUGAUCGGCGGCCAGGUACUCAUUAUCUUUGUCGGCGGUGAGGCCUUCCGUAUCACGCGGCUCAACGGCGUGGAGUGGGCCCUGUCCAUCGGACUCGGCGCCAUCUCGCUGCCGGCGGGCGCGGUCAUCCGCAAGUUCCCCGACGCCUGGGCCGCGGCCCUGGUGCCGCACGUCAAACUCAAUUUUUGGCCGUUCAACAGGAAGAGCAAGAAGAAGGCCAAGAAGGACGAGGCCGACAGGCUCGAGAAGGGUGUGUCAGAUGAGCAACGCAAGGGCGGCGCGCCGAGCGAUACCGACUCGUUUGAGGCGCCCCAGCCGUUGAGGACGUUGACGAGCAUCCGCGGCAAGAGGGCCUCGAUGCAUAUUCGCAGGGGAUUCAGGGAGUAUAUGCAUGAUCAGAAGGUCAAGGUCAAGGAGAAGGGGCGGGCGUUGGGCUCGGGGAGUAAGGUGAAUGUUGCGGAGCCUGGGGUGGGCGGGAAGUUGCCCGAGACUGCGGGUGUCUAAACCGCUUUUCGCGCGGCUUACCUGCCCAUGUGCCUAGCGGGCAGGAAGGGGAGGUCAUUAUCCGCUGAUUUCUUUUUCUCUACAAUAUUCGUUUUACGUUAUUGGGCUCGGUUGCCUGAAUUGAGGGUUGAUGUAUGUCAUGUGUCUUGUAAAUUACGUUACGUUGCCGGGAUCGGAGCUGAAGGCUGGCAUACCCAGAUAUGGAUGUUAGAUGCCUGCUGAUUUUUCAGUGCAGGGGGCCUUGAUUUCUUAAGCAUGAGGAAAUAACAUAGCUUUUUUAAUGUAUCCAUUGAGUUUCAAC